AUGUUCCAGCACCAUCCGCUAGACGCCAAUGGGAAGUUACUCCGUCGGUUUUACGAGCCUCUGACUCUCCUCCGUGUUCUGGACCCAACUCGUGGAGCGCAACGUCCUGACCUGAUCUUGGAUCGUGGUCUAGAGGAGCAGUCAAAACUUUGGCGCAAUUUCCUUGACCAACUUGCCUUUUUAUGCGACUCGGAAAAGGGUGGAGAUACAGUGGCCGCAGUGGCUGCUCAAAAAACCGCCGAAAAUACAAUAUUUUGGGUUGCAUCGAACUCGAAGUCAAGAAGUGAAGCACACGAGCACCUUUGUUGGGUGCUCGCUCGACUCAAUGAAAUUUGUGCUGCCAACCUAUCAACUGUCCACCUCGAACGUGAGAUUACCUGGCGUUGCAUAAAUUUCAGCCUUAGCAGAAUCAAGACCUAUACGAACUGGCUGAUGCAAGCCAUUAGGGAAGCAAAGCGCAACAUGAAUCCAGAUGCGAAUACUGAAGACGCUACCGUUUGGAAUGAACUUGAGCAUUUAGAAAAUCUCAAAUGUGAUCCUCAUCAAUUGUGUUCAUUCGCACACAGUCUUCGGAGGCAUGGGAUGAUGGAUGUUCUUUAUAGAAGGCACGUUGUGCACUCCCAUCGUGGGGUUUGGUCAGAUAUGCGUCAUUACAUUGGGCGGCUGGGGAUGUGGACGAAGGCCAUCCGGAUAUUGAUUCUCGGCACCAAGACAUUCCCUCAACGCAUCGAGAAUUCGCACGUCGAAGUCAUCGGGCCACAUGGCUCUGCUGACUUACCGAACAAACUUCACAUAACUGAUCUCCAUGGCGUCGUUUCACGCGUAGUACCUGCAGAUCAAUUUGCUCUGCUCGCGGAGUUGAAACAAGCCCUGGCGGACGCCAAUGCAGUGGUACAGAUCUGGGAGAGAUUUCGUGAUGACUACUCCAAUAUCAGACCCCGACCACAUGCAGAAUUGCUCGUCCUUGAACACUUCUAUAGCAACGAACUCGAAUUCGUUGCCAAUGACAAAUACAUCGGCUGCAGCAAGCCAUCAUGCUACUGCUGCCAUAUGUACAUGCAAUGUCACCCUGGAGGGUUUCCUCCGCGACCUUGUCACGGCAAUUUAUGGAUAAAUUGGGCUCCUCCAAUCCCGCUACCGCUCGCUGCUCGCAAGACUAAACGGACCACAGCCCGGCCGCAGGAGCAUCAUACAUUCAAACUCCUUCAGAAAAUGCUUGUGUGCAUCCGCCGAGAUUUGCAGGAACAAAUAUUGUCGAGAAAGCCUAAAAGAAGCAAGCUACCAGAUUCAACAACAGGAAUGUCCAGUGUUUUGUUUGAGACGGAUAGUAUCUUAGGAUCCACGGUUCGAAAUUUCGUGCAGUCAAAUGAAAGUCAUCAAAGCGACAGGUCCAUCAAUCCUGAAAGCGCGGCUAUGGUAAAUAUAGACUCGGACGCAAUAGCAGAUGGGAUAUCCAAUUCCUCACCAAAGAGUGACAGCGAUGAUAUAGAAGACCGUACCUUUGACAUGGAAAAGAUAAUCGCCGAACAAGGACAAGGCGGCCGGGAUGAGAAAAAGAAGAAUCCUAAUGGUAAAGACGCACAAUCAGAGUCAGAUACUGACAUUGAGAACGAAGAUGACGAAGAUAACGAAGAUAACGUGGGAGUCCUCCUUUUUAAAGGGAGAAAGAGGUAUUUCGUGCAGGCUCGGCAUUAG